UAAAGUGUCAGUAUAUUUGUGUCAUCGAUACAAAAAUGAGUUUCCAACAAAGAGCUAAUAUCAAAUUUUGUUCUAUAAUCGGUAAACCGAAACAUUUGAAUUGAUGAAAAACGUUUAUGGCGAUGACUGUCUAUCUCGUGCCAGCGUUUAUGAGUGGUUUACAAGUUUCAGAGAUGGUUACGAGGACAUAAAUGACAAUGAACAUACGCGCCGCCCAAAAUCAGUAAUCACCGAAAAUUUCAUCGAAAUUGUUGGUAAAUUUAUCAAAAAUGAACGGAAAUCAUCAUUGAAAUUUAUGGCAUAGAAGUUGAAUGUCUCCAAAACAUCGAUUUAUCGCAUUUUAACCAGUGGCGGAUUUACACUAAGUGCCAACGGUGCCAGCGCACAGGGCGGCAGAUUCUACAAGGGCGGCAAAAUUUGGAGAAGAAAAUUAAAAAAAACAAAAAAAAAAAUUAUACUCGAGGAGCGGCGGGUAUUAGGGCCCACCUCAGGGAAAACGUUUAUGGAGAAAAUAAGAAGCUGAUCUCGGAUUAGUUUCUAACUGUUCAUAUCACAACAUAUGAUAAAAUUAUCUCCGCUGAACGAGAUGUUGUAAAAUGUGAACGAGGUUUAAUAUUGAACCGCAGCUAACUUAUGUUAUCUAAAAUAAACUGAUUCAUUUUUAAACAUAGUUACGCUCAGUUUUAAAUUAGGCCCGGCGCUAAAGUUUCAAUUCAAUUCAAACGCAGUUUGCAACCCCCUCUCAUUCUAUAGCAAGCUAUUGUCAGCUGUGACCAGCUGUGCUGUUUAUUCGCUAUUAAGUCAACAUACCAUCUUGAUAAAUUUAACGUUUUUCCAAUUAAUCUGGAUUGUUUUUGAUUCUUCCGGAGAUAAUAAUUCUAUAUGUACGGAAAAUAUGAGUGACGGGCGCCAAAGGCUGAGUGGGCACGCAUAUAAAAAGCGUGCUCUCGAGAAAAAUAAUAAGGAGAAGGAAGUUUUGAACAAGACUCCAAAAUUACAUAAUUAUUUCACGAAAAAACAUGGUACAGAAGAGAAAGCUGGUCCGGAAAAAUAUUGUUUAGUCUUAGAGAACAAAGCGAGUACAGCUGUUGAAUGAUUGCUUUAAUUCUUCGUUUGCAGAUGACAACGAUGUGACUGUUAAAUUUUUAAGUAACAUUUAACAACAUAAUGAUUGCUUUUAUGAGAUCAAGUUUUACACAUCACCUUUCUGAAUCAACGUUGCCUAGUAUGAUAUUGAAGCAUCCUGGUGGUGAAGAUUCAAUACUCGAAUAUGCUGGUAAAGAUGCCACUAAAGCCUUCAAUGAAGUUGGCCAUUCAACCGAUGCCGUCAAGGAAAUGAAAUCAUACAAAAUUGGCACUAUCAGAGCGGAGUCCACGCAAAUACUUGAUACGCAGCCAACAUCCGCAGCUAAUGGUCCGAGUGAGAAGCAGCCAGCAGAAAAUUAUUCUCAAACACAAAAUAAAAGAAAAAAUUUUUUCUUUUGCUGUUAAAUCAAAACAGGCCGAUAAAUUUAGGACAAUUUGCCUAUCUGUGAUUCCUGUUGCCUGUUGCUGAUAUUUUGUUGAAAAUACAUAUAUAAUUUGGCGAAUAUUUUGCCAUUUUCAUACAAAGUCGUGCUCUAUUUCAUUAAGCUGUAUGCAAAAGCGUGCAAAUUAAUAACGCAGUGGGAAUAUUUAAUAACUUGUUAU